AUGAAAAUGAAAAAGAACAAUAAGUUUCCACUUGCCAAUAUUUUGUUCAAUUUUCUCAUAACCAUGGUACCAUAUUCAUGUCUAGGGCAAAACUCUCGACAAGACUACAUCAACGUUCACAACGUUGCCCGAGCCCAGGUAGGAGUCGGGCCCAUACUGUGGAACGAAAAAGUGGCAAAUUUUGCCCGUAACUAUGCCAGGCAAAGGGUCGGGGACUGCAACCUUAUCCACUCUACUAAUAGGCCAUACGGUGAGAAUCUUGCCAAGGGAGGCGAAGAUUUCACCGGUAGUGCGGCCGUGGAUUUGUGGGUCAAGGAACGACCCAACUAUAUGCAUACCUCCAGCUCUUGUGUUGGUGGGCAGUGUCUCCAUUAUACACAGGUGGUUUGGCGCAACUCGACACAUGUCGGUUGCGCUAUAGUUCGAUGCAACGAUGAUUGGUGGUUCAUCUCUUGCAACUAUGAUCCUCCAGGGAACUAUAUUGGCCUACGUCCUUAUUAA